AUGAUGACCGACCGAUUUUUACUUUAUAUCCUUUGCGCCAGCCUUGUACCGGGAGCCUGGAGUCAUGGUCAUGGAGGCGGUGAUGUCAGUAUCGAGAGAAUCACUCCUCGUGGAUCAACACGCGAAUCACAUGUGAAGUCCAUUGUCGAAUUCUGGACUCCGGAGCGUAUGGCCUCGGCUGAGCCCAUGGAAGUUGUAAUGAUCAACGGCACCGAUCGAUGGGGACAAUAUGAACGCCAAGAUGGUCCGGAGCAGUGGGUUCCAGGCGUUAUGCCUACUAUAAACGAAAGUUCUGUUCUUCGAUCAUCUAGCGUGCCGUCUACGGUAGGCAAAGUCUUCUUCGUGAUGAAUGGAAGAAAUUAUCUGUGCUCGGCAGCGGUAGUGGUGGCUCCCAAUCGGGACACGGUGCUCACGGCCGCUCAUUGUGUUUUCGACUAUACUUUACAACAAUGGGCCUCAGAUUGGAUUUUUGUGCCACGUUACUCGAGUGGUUCUCAGCCAUUUGGCAAGUGGGUGUGGCGUAAAAUGGCAGCGCUGAAUGCUUGGACUAACAAGCAAAACUAUAAUUAUGACGUGGCUGUUGUACUACUUGAUACAAACUAUCAAGGUCGACAUGUACAAGAGUACACUGGGGCCUUAGGAAUGACUAGAAAUUACAAUAAGAAGGCAUGGAUUCACUCUUUUGGCUAUCCGGUUAACUUUGCAAAUGGUCAAGCCAUGAGUACUUGUGCUGCAUCAUCGAAGUCGGCUUGGUCCCUCUGGUCAGGUGGCUUUUGUGGCGUGAAAAUGUCGUGCGGUAUGAACGGCGGCUCUUCGGGUGGCCCAUGGAUUCAACAAUACAAUACAGACACGCGAUCCGGUCUUCAAACAUCGGUUAACAGUUUUGUCUAUCCUAACGAGCCAGAUGUCAUGUAUGGGCCCUACUUUGGUAAUGAUAUCUGGAACUUGCACGAGAAGUACGAAGGACAAUAA